UGUACAUUCAGGGAGUGCGUGGGUGGAUCAGGACUGACAGCAAGACGUAUGGAUGGAAUCAGCGCUCCUCGCUGUACCGAGAAGCCAUUCAGUGUCUCAUUAACAUUCGCUGCCUGCCCGGACUGCAUCAGUGCUUCAAGAAACUCUCACAAAAGCACAGGAUCCCUGCUGACACCCAGCAGGAGACCCUGGAAAGUGUUGCUGUAGCCUGCAUGCGAAGAAUGUUGCCUUCUACAGAAAUCAACAGCAAGAGGUAGUGGAAUCCUGUUCAUCCAUUUAAAGCCUCAUCCCAAAGGAGAGUCCAGCUAUAUCUUACAGAAAAAAGCAGCUCAAACACAUCGAGAAUCCUUUGCAACAUCUCCAGAAGAUUUUUGCCUGAAAAAAAUAUAUACCCUGGGUCUGCAAUUCUGGUUGUAGGAAUCCGACAAAGAAGCGUGUAGGGGGCAAGGACUAUGCCAAUAUAGUCAACGCCUGCUCUAGGAGUAAGUACAGCGGCGCUCUCUCUCACACUCUCUCUCUAUCACGUGUUUCUCUCUGUCUGUAAGAAUGGACGACCACUACAGAAACAACCCUAAUUCCUACCAGGACCCCCAAGGAGGCAGCAACACCUACUCAACCUUCAGGGAAGGAGGGGACCAGGGGAACCAGGACGUCUACUACGGCAACAAUGAGUACCCGGCCCAGGACGAGGACGCGGCGAGCGACGCCACAGAGGGGCACGAUGACGAUGAUGAGAUCUACGAGGGGGAGUACCAGGGAAUACCCCACCCCGAUGAUAUCGGGGCAAGAAAGAAAGCAUUGCGGGUGCAGGCCAACUAUGAAGAGCAGGGCGACAGGCUGGCAGAGAGGAUGCAGGAUGAGGAGCAGUUGGCGCACCAGUACGAGGCCAUCAUCGAGGAGUGCGGCCACGGGCGCUUCCAGUGGACCCUGUUCUUCGUGGCUGGGCUGGCCCUCAUGGCGGACGGGGUGGAGUGCUUCGUGGUCGGCUUUGUGAUGCCCAGCGCCGAGAAGGACAUGUGCAUGUCCAACGCCAACAAGGGGAUGCUGGGAUUGAUAGUGUACCUGGGCAUGAUGCUGGGAGCGUUCAUGUGGGGAGGACUGGCUGACAAGAUGGGCAGGAGGAAGUGCCUGAUCAUCGCCCUGGCCAUCAACUCCGUCUUCGCCUUCAUCUCCUCCUUCGUCCAGGGCUACGGAUUCUUCCUCUUCUUCAGGCUCAUCUCCGGUUUCGGGAUCGGAGGCUCCAUCCCCAUUGUGUACUCCUACUUCUCUGAGUUCUUGUGCAGGGAAAAGAGAGGCGAGCACCUGAGCUGGCUCUGCAUGUUCUGGAUGAUCGGUGGCAUUUACGCCUCGUCCAUGGCCUGGGGCAUCAUCCCCCACUACGGCUGGGGUUCCAGCAUGGGCACCAGCUACCAGUUCCACAGCUGGAGGGUGUUUGUGCUGGUGUGCACCCUGCCCUCCAUAUCCUCCCUCAUUGGACUCAUCUUCAUGCCUGAGAGUCCUCGCUUCCUGCUGGAGAAUGGCAAACAUGACGAGGCCUGGAUGAUCCUGAAGCAGGUUCACGACACCAACAUGAGGGCAAAGGGAGAGCCUGAGAAGGUGUUCACGGUCUCUCAAAUCAAGACGCUGAAGCAGGAUGACGAGUUUAUCGAGAUCCAGAGCUCCACAGGGACUUGGUACCAGCGAUGGCUUGUCAGGAUUAUGACUGUGGUCAAGCAGGUCUGUCAGAACAUCCUGUCAUUGUUUUCACCCCAAUUCAGGAUGAACACCUUGUUCAUGGCAGUGGUUUGGUUUACUAUGGCCUUCAGUUACUAUGGGCUGGCGGUCUGGUUCCCAGACAUGAUUAAACAUCUACAGAACAAGGAAUACGAGUCCAAAGUGAAGGUUUUCUACCGGGAACGUGUCGAACAUUUCACUUUCAACUUCACCCUGGAAAAUCAAAUCCACCAGGAAGGAGAAUACUUCAACGACAAGUUCUAUAAGAUCGAUCUGAAGUCCGUGACCUUCGAGGACUCUUUGUUUGAAGAGUGCUACUUUGAAGACAUCAGAUCCACAGACACCGUCUUCAAGAACUGCACCAUCGUGUCCACUGUAUUCUAUAACACAGAUUUGUACAAGCAUAAGUUUAUCAAGUGCAAGUUUGAGAACAGCACGUUCCUCCAACAGAAGGAGGGCUGCCACCUGGACUUCAACGAGGAGAAUGACAUCCUCAUCUACCUGGUCAGCUUCCUGGGCAGCCUGGCCGUGCUCCCUGGAAACAUCAUCUCCGCUCUCUUCAUGGACAAGAUAGGGAGGAUAAAGAUGAUCGGAGGGUCCAUGCUGAUUUCAUCUAUGUGCACGUUCUUCCUGUUCUUCGGGAGUAGCGAGUCUGCCAUCAUCGGCUGGCAGUGCCUGUUCUGUGGCACCAGCGUGGCAGCGUGGAACGGCAUUGAGGUCAUCACGGUGGAGCUGUACCCCACGAGUAAAAGAGCCACAGCAUUUGGAGUCCUUAACGGCCUGUGCAAGUUUGCAGCCAUCCUUGGCUCCUCCAUCUUCGCCUCCUUCGUGGGAAUAACCAAGGUGAUGCCCAUCCUGCUGGCCUCCACGGCGCUGGUGGCGGGGGGGUUGCUGGCUCUGCGCCUGCCCGAGACCCGGGAGCAGGUCCUCAUGUGAGCCUGGCCAGCACGGGGGGAGCCACAGGGGAGCCACAGCAAGGCGGAGCUGGGGGAUAGACUGAUACAGGCAGGACAAGGGAACCGGACGGCUGGCUUUUCGUAAGCAUUACAUAGCCCCCUAUAUUGUAUUUUUAUUGAAUUCAUCUUCAUUUAUUAAAAGGGCGAUGACCAGUCAGUGUAUUGAAUUACUUAUGAAAAUGCAAGGCUUGUUUUGUGUGUGCUUCUUCUUGUUUAUUUGUAUUGAUCUGGACAGCACUAAAAACCCACACUGUUUAAUUCUGUUACAAACAGCACUAAAUGAGCAGCAUCCUUUUACUGAUCUGCUCUGCUCACGGGAGGCCAGCCAACGCUUUUAACAAGAAUUUGUUCUCUGUUAAGACAGUUCCAGUAUGAUUCUGGAUUGCAUAUUAAAUGUGCAAACACACAAUAAAAAGAUCUAGAUGUUUCAGCCUUCCACAGCACAUUGUGUCAGUCUAUCCUUUAGCACAGUGAAUUCUACCUGCUGUUCUCAUCACCUGGAGUCUACCUUAGUCACAGUGCAUUAAUAAGUGGCCAGAUUACUGUCCCAAUAUAAUACAGCGUUACAGCAAACUCUGCCCUUCCAUCUGUCUGUGUGUUUUAAGUACAACAGUUCCACUCUUAGGGCCUUGCUUAGAAACGAGUGCAAGGGCAAAGGCGAACUUUCUCAGAGGAAUAAAACCAUUUGAAUGGUAUAAAACUAGCAAGAACUAUGAGAAACGACUGUACUGAGCAAGUUCUCCCUGCUAGUGUUAUACUGUUCGGCUUGCCUUUGCCCGUUCACUUCUCUAUUAUUCAAAACUGUGCUGGUUUGCCUCCACACUACUACUGCUUCCCACACAGAGACUGUCAAAGAAUAUCUGGAUUUUAAAUGAAGGCAAUAAUUCAUAUCAAGCCAUACCGCAAAGGGAAGCUGUCUGUUAGUGUUAACCCUUGUCUUUGGUGUGCUACGUAGGGUAUUUUAUUUCCUUCAGCUUCACUUCACUUUUUUUGAGGAGGUCGCAUUUUUCCCCAAGUGACCCCCAAGAUAUGACACCUCGGCCAUGUUUUCUACAGGUCUUUGGUUCCAGCACCCACGGCAGAGUGAUACCGUUAACUGAGCAUCCUCACCCCAAGAUAGGUUAGCCAAAUAAAAAUGGGACGUGCGUUUAAGGUUACAAAAAUUCUUCAUGCUGGAGAUGAUUUUGCCAGCAGGUAUACAUCAAAUGGUUAAUGGUUAAAACAAGAAAUAAGAAAAAAGGGGAGCACUGUAUCUUUGAAUACAAACAGGGUGACCUGCAUGCUAUUUUGAGCUUUUCAGUAUCACAACACAAGAGUUUAAAUGCCCUUUAAAUGUCUACAAUAAAGAGAACUCUAAACGGUACUUACUGUAUGUCUCACUGUAAAUAAAAUCAUGAUGAAGACUAGCCAUUACAGCGUUAUACUGCAUCAUUUCUAUCUGAUUUAGGGCUGGAUUCCUAAGCCGCUGCUUACUUACAGUGGCUGUCCAUAAGGAGCCAGUAUUCACUGUGAGCGAAGGGGCAGGUUUAUGAAUACAGCUCUUAAAUGUUAUCCUUUGAGUAAGUUAGUUAGUGAGUCUGUAUGUCAUGAUGUAUGUAAAGCCCUAAUGUUUUCUUGUUUUUAUAUGUUCAUUUUUAAGUGUGUCUGACUGUUGUUGGAAAGCGGAGACAGGUGAUGACAAUCUUUAUUUAUUUAUUUAUUUUUUGUUUUGUUCUGUGACUGUCAAAAUAAAUAAAAACACAUGACCUUA